UAUCAAAUAUAAAAUAAGAUUUUAUUUUUUUACAAAAGAGAAUAUACGAAAUGAAUUGUUCAUGUUUAAAAUAUAAUUCGUUCAGUAUCAUAAUCCUUUAGUUCCUAAAGUAUCGUUUCAGAUGGCGCCAGGUUACAGUUCCGCAUCGUUCACUGUUUCCUUUUCUCUCCGCAAAUCCGUGGUGGCGUCAAAAGCUUUGCUAUUUCAUUUGUAUUUACAAUCCAUCGUUUAGUUUACAUUGUUUAUCGUGUGAUUCGGUCGAAAAGUUUCGUCGAAAGUGUGUGAUAGAAAAUAGAAUAUAUUGUUAGUUAUUAUUAUAGUUUUAUUAUUAUUUAAUAUCUUAAUUGUUCAUUAUGUCGAUUAUACCAUUAUGGCCGAGUUUACGGCCAAGAAUAACGGAUCCUUUGUGGUUCGACGCUGAUAGUCCCGUUGACGAAGAAUCCGAAGUAACUGCUUUGGAAGCGGAACAUCAAGCAUGGAGAGAACAUGUCCGUGUACAAGGAUACGAUCAUAUACCGAUCGGGAAGACAGUUAGUGACUUUAGAGGAUCAGAAGAAGAAGAAGAGGAGGAAGAAGAAGAAGAGGGUGACGGUGAGGAAGAAGAAGAGUCGGACACCCAUGAAGAAGAAGAGGAAGAAAUAGAUGAAAUAGACAUGGAAGUUAGCUACCCUCAUCAACCUCAAAGAUCUAGUCCAACGGACACAGUGACAGAUCCUGUGUCCAUCAGAGUGGUCAACAGUGUCAAUGCGCAUACUCCUCGUUAUACUUAAUUAAGAUAUUGCAUUUCCUGAUUAACGCGACCGAUCGGCUCUUUUAGCUCGUACGUCCCGUUUAAUUCCUAACUAGGAUGGACAAUUAACGUAAUAGAAAAAGAAAACGAGUAAAAGAAAAAAAAGAAAGGAAAGAAAAAAAAGAAUAGAAA